GACUUGUCUCGUUUUCUUGAUACUCCGUUUAAUUUUCCAUUUCAAUUUCUUUUUUGUUGUUCAAUGCAAUUUUCUUCAGGAUUUUCAUCUUCGUGGGUCGUUCAAUUUCAAUGAAAAGUUUCUAGCUUUUCUAUCUCAUUAGAAUAAGCUGACAUUGACUCAUUCCCAAUUUUAAUUGGAGGAAAGAUAUCAUCUCAUCUAGAAGCAGUUGACAAAUAUAUGGCUGUUCUCAGAUUGUAGCACCAUUUCUUGAUUUGGUUUCAAACAUUGGAAGCUGGAGAUGUCUAUACAGCACGAAAAUUCUGAUAUCAACGGUGUAUCAAGGUCUGUAGGGUCAGAAGCUUGCCUUUUUGAUCUCUUCUGUACUGAAACACCAUGUUUGAAGUCUCAAAGUCAAAGGGAUCAAUGGAUGCUUUAUGGUCCACAGGAAAGGCUAGACAAUCUGAUGAGUCAAGCUGGAAACAAGUUCUGUGCUGAUUGUGGAUCGUCAGAGCCAAAAUGGGUGUCUUCAAGUCUUGGAGUAUUUAUUUGCAUCAAGUGCUCUGGUAUACAUAGAAGCCUAGGAGUCCAUAUAUCAAAGGUUCUCUCACUGAAGUUAGAUGAAUGGACAGAUGAACAAGUUGAUGAAUUGGUGAAGUUGGGUGGAAAUACAGUAAUUAAUAAGAAGUACGAAGCUUGCGUGCCAAGUAACAUAAAAAAACCAAAACCACAUUCUUCCAUUGAGGAGCGCUCUGAUUUUAUUAGGAGAAAAUAUGAGCUGCUACAGUUUUUGGAUUCUGAGGAGAAUUUGUCUUGUCCCUUUAUACCAUCCCAAGGAAGAAGUUCAUCAUCCUGUCAGAGCAGUUCCUCAAGCAACAAUUCUCCACUAGACAAAAAGCUUUAUGAUAAACAAACAACUAAAAAUCGUAUUGGGCUCUCAUUUCGAAACAGCUGGGGAAGAAAAGAUUCUGAGCAUAAGAGUACAAAGAAGAGCAAUUCAUUGGCAGGUAUGGUUGAAUUUGUUGGGUUGAUCAAGGUUAAUGUGGUUAAAGGCACUAACCUUGCUAUCCGAGAUGUAAUGACAAGUGACCCUUAUGUCAUCAUUUCUCUGGGUCACCAAUCAGUGAAGACACGUGUCAUAAAGAACAAUUUGAAUCCAGUUUGGAAUGAAAGCCUAAUGCUCUCAAUUCCCGAGAACAUUCCUCCUCUUAAAGUGGUUGUGUAUGACAAGGAUACAUUCUCAACUGAUGAUUUUAUGGGGGAGGCUGAAAUAGACAUUCAUCCUCUACUAACAGCAGCAAAGGCAUAUGAGAAAUCUUCAAUCAACGAGUCCAUGCAGCUUGGAAAAUGGGUAGCAAGUGGUGAUAACACUCUUGUUAAAGAUGGUAUCAUAUCCCUUGAAGAAGGGAAGGUGAGACAGGAAAUCUCAGUGAGGCUACAAAAUGUUGAGAGAGGUGUGCUUGAGAUUGAACUUGAAUGUGUUCCUCUUACUCAGUAGCCUGAGAUAACUUUGAGGGUCAUGUUUUGUGGACAAAAUGAUAGCACAAACACAUUUUGGAGUAUUUUUAAUUAUCAGUGUAGAUUAUCCUGUCUCAGUUUCCCUUGUACAUUAUUCUGUGAGACUGUGACCAUCCAUCCUUCUGUAGAUGAACAAAUAUGAAUUAUCAGUAAGAGUUUUCA